UCAAAACAUAGGUGAAAAGCCAAUUUACUUCCUCAAGUAAAUAUAAGAACCAAGACAAGAAAGGAUGCACCCAGAACUUGUGAGCUUGAUGGACACGCAUCAGUAAAAAGAUGGCCCCACCAAUUUCCUGGCACCGCGUCGCCAUGUUCGAUUUCCUUCUCCCAAUCCAACACCCCCCCUUUUCUUCUCCACCCUAUUCUACUAUGCUGUGAAUCUGCGAAGCAAAGAAACCUGCGAGGAGUUGGCAAUUUCUACUUUCUUUCCCCGUGACAAUCGCCUCGUUUCAGCAGCUAAACUUGAGCUUCUGUAAAUGGGAUUCUGAACUACGGUUGAGGAAUCCAGUGUAGUGAAUUCAUGAACAGUUGACCUAUCUGGAAGUUACUUCUCGUUGUUUUACCAGGCUAAUUGGCAGUCAUCUGAAAGCGGUGGGAGGUGCCAAUGGCUAUGGUCAGCAGAACCCGAGAUAUGUUGGAGGGUUUGGUGAAGGAUGGGUCAUUCAAGUGGUUGAGUAAAAGACGGAGCGCAUUCGAGGAAGAGAUUGAGGAAAUGGCAAGGUCUCCAUCUGCUGGGAAGAACUGGUUGCCUGAGCUCUCUCCUCCAGCAAAUGUUGUGGUCUAUAGAUGCUCAAAAAUCCUUGGACUCUCUAUGUGCCAACUUCGAGAGAACUUUGAUGCAGAGGCUUCUGAUCUUUUAAAGUAUAAAUCAAACUUUGCACGAAACUUGUUGGAAUACUGUUGCUUCAUGGCUCUUGCACAGUCAAUACAAGUAACUGGUUAUCUGGAUGACAACAAAUUUCGACGCCUUACAUUCGACAUGAUGGUUGCUUGGGAGUUUCCUGAGGCUGCUGGCGAAUCAUUUCCCCAUCAGAUGGAUGAUGAUGCUACAGUUGGAGUUGAGGCGUUUUCUCGGAUUGCUCCAGCAGUACCUGUUAUUGCAAAUGUGGUUGUCAGUGAUAAAAUAUUUGAGGUGCUUGCAGCUUCAACCGAUAAUCGCCUUCAUUUCUCUGCCUAUGAUAAGUUCCUUGUUCGAUUGGAAAGGGCAAUAAGAAAGUUGCAGUCUCAAUCAGAAUCCUCUCUCCUGUUUUCCCUACGAUCUGAAAGAAGGGAGAAGAUCCUGGAAGUAGAUGGAACAGUUACAACUCAGCCUGUUCUUGAACAUGUGGGUAUUUCGACAUGGCCUGGACGGUUAACUUUGACUGACCACGCCCUAUACUUUGAAGCUCAUAGAGUUGUCUCUUAUGAUAAAGCAAAGAUAUAUGACCUUGCUGCUGACUUACAACAAGUUGUUAGACCUGAGCUGACAGGGCCCUGGGGAACCAGACUUUUUGACAAGGCGGUCUUCUAUAAAUCAGUUUCUUUAUCUGAACCUGUUGUCAUGGAGUUCCCAGAGCUUAAAGGUCAUACACGUCGUGACUAUUGGUUAGCUAUUAUUCGUGAAAUUCUAUAUGCCCAUAGAUUUAUAUCUAAGUUCAGACUCAGUGGUCAUGAGCGUGAUGAAGUGCUCCUGAAAGCUAUAUUUGGAAUUCUGCGAUUGCAAGCCAUUAAAGAAAUAAGUUCUGCAGUCCCUCUCUGCUGUGAGGCUCUUCUUAUGUUCAAUGUUUGUGACGAGCUUCCAGGAGGGGACCUAAUUCUUGAAAAACUUGCAAACAUAUUAACCAUGAGAGAUGUAGAUCGGAGAAAUGCAGGAAAAUCUCGAAAUGGAAUGUAUUCAAUCUCUGCUUUGGCACUUGCUUCUAGUUUGGGGUUUGUUUUUGGGACAAGUUCUGGCGUGACUAGCGACACUGGGCUGAUAGUUGGUGAAAUUGCUGUUGGUGAGAUGACAGUUUUGGAGAAAGCUGUGAGAGAUGCUAGAAGCAGCUACGAAAAUGUAGUGCUUGCACAAGCUACAGUUGACGGAGUUAAAGUCGAUGGCAUUGACACCAACUUGGCAGUGAUGAAGGAAUUACUUUCUCCGAUGACACAAUUUUGGAAUUGGCUUCUUUUUCUUCUCUACUGGGAAGAGCCUUUGAAAUCCCUGGCAUUCUGUUUGGUCUGCACGUAUAUUAUCUGCAACAGAGGAUGGAUGGGCUAUGCAUUUGCAGCAUCGCUUAUAUUUUUCGCACUCUUCAUGUUGCUUACCCGUUUUGUUGGUCAAGGCAGCCCCAUUGAUGAAUUGAAAGUAACAGCACCACCUGCAAUGAACACAAUGGAGCAGCUUUUGGCUGUUCAAAAUGCAAUUUCUCAAGCUGAAGAGCUAAUACAGGAUGGAAACAUUGUUCUGCUCAAGUUUCGUGCCUUACUACUCUCCAUUUUCCCUCAGGCUACUGAGAGAUUUGCAGUUGCACUUUUGGCUCUGGCUUUGCUUCUGGCUUUUGUACCACUUAGAUAUAUUGUUCUACUGGCUUUCUUGGAAAUAUUUACUAGAUAUUCACCACUUAGAAGAGCCAACACUGAGAGAUGGAUGAGAAGAUUAAGAGAUUGGUGGUUCAGCAUACCUGCAGCUCCUGUCAUUCUUGAAAGAGUCAAUGAAGAAAAAAAGAAAAGGUAGUGCAAAUAUGAAGUGUAAUGAUGUUUUGAUCUUUGAUCAUUGUCUUUUACUGUAAAAAUGUAGAAUUGUGGAUAUUGGAAAAACAGCAAUACUUUCUGAGUCGUCCAAAACAAUGUAGCUUGUUGAAAUAUAUCGAAAAGUAUUACAAUA